AUGUUAAUUACUAAAUUAAAUAAAUUAAUAUUUAUUUUAUUUUUAUUCUUAUUAAAACCUAAUUCACUUAAUUCAAUUCAGUGUUAUUCUGGCAAUCAUUUUUCUAUUGUUGAAUGUCCUAGUUUGUAUUGUAUUAAACAAUCACUUGGUUUGGAUACUGUUCGUUAUUGUGAUGGAACUGGAGUUUCUUCAAUAUGUACAACAUAUAGAACAAUAGAUCAAUGUCAGAAUGUGCCAAAUCUUGGCCAUAUAUGUUGCUGUUCUGACCAAUUAUGUAAUUCAGCAAAUAUUCCUUCAAUUAAAAAAGCUUUAAUAUUUACAAUAUUUGGACUUUGGAUAAUGAAUAUAAUUAAAAAUAAAUUGUUAAUUUAG